AUGACGGUCACCAGCAAAGGAGCUCCUGCUGGUGCCUCCAGCCCUGAGUGUGUGCGCAUAUGCACACAUCCCCUGCUCCCUGGCUCCCCACGCUGCCGGCUGAGUCCUCGGGCAGCAGCCAGAGGGGGUCAGGCCCCUGAGCCUGGACAGCAAUACCUCAAGGUGCCUCGUCCCCGAGCCCCAGGUCUGCAGGGCAGCUCCCGUGGAGACUCCGGCCAGCCCUCCAGGGGCAGGGGCUCCCACAGCAGCUCUGUUAUCAACAACUACCUGGAUGUCAACGAGCCUAUGUCCGAGGCCCGCCAGAGCCGCAUGCACUUCUAUGACAACGAGAGGAAGGUCGACUACGUGCUGGCCUACCACUACCGGAAACGCGGGGCGCACCCGGGCCAUGGCUCUCCUGGCCAUGCGGUGGCUGUUGUCUCCAAUGGGGAGACAGGCAAGGCUGGGGGCCCUGGUGACAUUGAGCUGGGGCCGCUGGAUGCCCUGGAGGAGGAGAAGAAGGAGCAGAGGGAGGAGUUUGAGCACAACUUGAUGGAGGCCGGGCUGGAACUGGAGAAGGAUUUGGAGAGCUGUAGUCGUCAUCACCCUUUGCCCUCUGAGCUGCCCCAGGGCUGUCUCUGGUUCUCGCUGUCCCUGGGCCUGUGA